UCACCACCAGCCACACCAACACGCACCGGACGCACAGCAGCACAGACAGCCACGGCCCCUUGCUGGCACUCCUGAGAAACCCUGCUGCCAACCGCGCCGACUAUGACGCCCGCAGCGCCGCGGGUGGGGGACACCCAGAACCAGGCGUGGAAAAAUGACAAGAGCAAGUUCGGGCUCAAGAUGAUGCAAAAGAUGGGGUGGACCGAGGGCAAGGGCCUCGGCAAGAACGAGGAUGGUGUGUCCGAGCACGUCAAGGUGGCCAAGAAGUCCAACAACCUGGGGCUAGGAGCGACGCGCGACUCGUCGGGAGCCGCGGGUUGGGCGAGCGCAGCGGUUAGCUUCAACGGGGUGCUGGAGACACUCGGGAAGGCCUACGGCGGCGGUGCGGAUGUCGGCGGCAAGGCGAAGAUGAAGGGCGACAAGAGGACGAAGAAGAAGCUGAAGAAGGCGGAGAAGAAGAAGAAGAAGCAAACGGCGAAGGACGAUGAGGAUGCCGCCGAAAGCAGCAGCAGCAGCAGUAGUGAGGGUGGGCCUGCUAUGACUGCGGCCCAGGCGGCGAGCUCAUGUCCCUCGCGGGCGAGACGCGUACGAUCCAAGGACGUCAAGGGCUUCAGCGCCGCGGAACUGCGAGCCAUCCUCGGCCAAGCUGCCACCACCGCCGACCCCUCGCUCCCCUCGUACCCGGUAGUUCGGGGCGGCUGCGGCACCGAAGGAGCGGCUGCUGCAGCAACAGAGCCGAAAAUCUCGAAGAAAAAGUCCUCCAACAAGAAGAGCAAGGGAUCCAAGUCGACGUCGCUCGACGCGCCGCCGCGCCGGCCGCGCACGAGAUCGAUGGACGAAACCGCCCCCCCCGCUGAACCCCCAGCUGUUGUCGGGGGAAAGAGGCCGAGAGACCAACCCGUCGAUCACGCACGGGAAGGCGAAGAGACGGAGGGAGAAGCGGCGGCAAGUAGUACCACCACCAGCGCACCCCGCAAGUCCAAGAAGAAGAAGGCCGGCAGAGCGGGCGAGGGGAAUGGGGAGGGAUGCGAGACAGCGCCGGUCGCCGGGAGCAGCAGCAAGGAGAAGGAACGAGCGAAGAAGAGCAAGAAACGCAAAGGCCAAUGACGAGGGGCGGGGGGGCGGGAAGGUUAAAAUUUUACGCUCAUUGGACGGCAUUGUUCGGGCAGGGGGGGGUUGGGCCAAGAAGGAGGGCACGAGUUCCCGUGGCGGUGUCAGUGGCGGCGGGCAACAAAGGUUUGAGGAUUCAAGGCGGUGGGGAGAUGCCACUGUCUUGCGACGUGGUGUCUCUCGGGCUGGAUUUACCUUGAUCAGUAAUGUAGAGAUGGGGGCUUUUUGUUGUCGAGGUUGCGAAACUAGUCGAUGCAGAAUCGCCUCGUUCAACCGCCCUCGCUGUGCGCAUGCACGGAAAGCGCACUGGAUGGGAGACCACGCAGCUCCAACGGCUAGGGCACACGGGUAGCUUUCGCAGUACGCUUCCCCCCCCCCCCCUGCCCCCCUCCACUCUGGCUGCAUCCUUGAUGGCGGCACCUGCGAUUGUUUGGUGAUGAUAUGUACGAGCUGUGGCAACCACCACGGCGUUGUCCCCCUUUGAUUUACCAUCGCCAUAUACUACGAUGUGCAUAAUGGGUUUGUGGGUGCCCCAACCUUUGUAGCUUUCGGGGCGUCCAUGAGCAGCGACCCUGCAGGAGCUCAUACGUUCUGCGAUAGGUGGAAUUCCGGGCUAAUCGGAGCUCCGCUUUUUCUGAAGGCCGUGGCGUUUUUCGCAUGGAUUUGCGUCAUUUAGCGUGGGAGUUGGCUGGUCGGGCCGAACGAUUGAAGGGCUUUGUUUCAAGCGCUUGCUCAGAUGUUCUAUUUGGAGAGAUCUUUGAGAGAUCUUGUUGACGUUGAAAUAGUGACUUGACGUUGAAAUAGUGACUUGAAGCGUCGAUUGUCCACCUCUUGUUAUUUUCUGCAUGGUAUCAACCCGUUGAAAGGCUGUGUGGGGUUGUCUUGUUGGGCCUCCGCGGGGUAACACGAACCCCGGCGGCGGUGGAUGUUUUAGGUCAAGAGUCUUGUUGUGCCCAUAAAUUGUUUUAUUGGUUGGCAGUGUCCGCAAACAUUUGUUGUGGCGAUGGCGAACACUCACUAAUUUUUACUGUUCAUAUUAACACCAUCGGCGGGCCAUCCUGCGGCGUUGCGCAUGAGACCGACGUUCACUUGCAAGAGUAGUUGCGAUACA